UAAAUAAUAUUUACAAAUUACAUACACUACAAAAAGUAAAAAAAUAACUGUAUCCCUAUUAGGGUAAUCAGAGGUACAUCCACCGCAAGAUGAACUAAGUAGCAACACUUCACCGAGCUUUCUGUUAGACCAACGUGAUAGGUGAGCCGUAUCGCCGUCUAUAACGAUUGAGCCGACAGUGUUAGUGAAAAAACCGAAAAGUAAAAUAAUAGGUAACUCUUUUAAGAGGCCUCCUCGGAUAGUACUUAAUUAUUACAUUAAAAAAAAUGAAAAAAAACCAGUGGCUGCAAAUAUUGAAAUCUAUAGACGACGAAGAAGUUGAUGUCAAUAAUAUUAUCAGCAAACUUAAAUUGGAUCUUCUACGCACAAAUUCUGAUAUACACAAGGAAUGGGAAAAUGAGGAAUUUAAUAUUGAUUAUUGGUUCGAUGUGCAACAUACCUACGAGACUGAUCGUACUACAAUAUUCAAUAUGGCUGCCAAAUGGAACUUUAAAAAAAUCUUCAAUGCCUUUCUUGCGUUAGACGCCGAUUUGAACAAGACAGAUGCAUUUGGUUGCUCGCCUUUGAUCGUAGCUAUUAAAAAAGAAAACGGUGAAAUAGUCGAAGCUCUUUUGAAUAAAAAUUGUGAUGUCAAUACAGUGAAUAACGCUAAAGAAACUGCGUUGCACUGGGCAGCGCGAUUGGGGUUUGUUGACAUAACAGAAACACUUAUAAAUAAAGGUGCUAAAGUUAAUGCUGUUGAUGAAAAUGGUUCCCCUGCACUGCAUUGGGCUUCAGAUGAAGGUUAUUUAGAUGUAGUCAAAGUUCUCAUUAAACAUAAAGCUGAUCCGCAUAUCAAAAAUGCUACACAAGAUAAUGCUGUUGAUAUCGCAGCACAUAAAGGACAUUUGAACGUAGUUAAAUACUUGGUAGAAGAAGCCAAAGUUGAUUGCAUGAAUACUGAUGAUAUCGAAUUCACUGCUCUACAUUGGGCUGUUGUAGGAAGACAUUUUGACAUAGUCAAGUAUUUAGUGGAAGAUCAAAAAGUUAACGUUGGCGCCAACAAUAAAAUACCCCUGCAUUAUGCUGUAAUAGAUAUAGAUAUUUUUAAAUAUCUUGCUAAAUAUUCUGAUAUCCUAGCUACUGAUGAUAAAGGCAAUAAUGUUUUACAUGUUGCGGCUAAUUGUGACUGCUUAGAUGUCGUCAAGUAUUUAGUAGAGGAGAAAAAUUAUGAUGUGAACCAGACCAAUAAUGCAGGACUAACAAGCGUGCUUAUAGCCGCAUCUUCGAACAGUUUAGACGUUAUGAAAUACUUUGCCGAGAGCAAAAAGAUAAUAUAACAUAAGAUCGCGACCAUAACUCAAUUGGAGUCAGAAAAACAUCAAUCGCAAGAUGAAGUAAGUACUCACCGGGCUUUCUGUUAAACAGCGUGACAGGUGGUGAGCCGUAUCGCCGUCUAUAAUGACUCACUCUGCUGGGUGAGGCCCGAAUUUCGUGUUCCAUAAGUGACAACAUUUAAUUUUUACUAAGGUGCCUUAAAUCGCAAACCAUUUCGAGAUAUUUCUAUGAUUUACACAAAACACAUUUUUUCAGAUUUUUUAAUUCAGUAAUAAUAGAAAUAUAUUGAAAAAUCCACGAGGUCAGAAGAGGAAGGCAGAAUAAGUUCAGACCUUUACAUAAAAACUAUAACUAUAACAGCUAUUGUUUUAAAUAUGCAUGCAAAGGUACAUUACAUUAUACUGCCUUCAUUCUAUCAAUGGCAGAAUCCAAUUUUCAAAAAAUAUUUUUUGUAAAUUUCUGGUGGAAAAAUCUUGACAAGAAAAAAUACGUGUCUUCUAUUUAAACAAGUACUUUCGAAAUAGCACAAAAAAACCACGGCAUAAAAUUUGAAAUGUUGUCAAUUAUGCGUUAAUAUUAGUAUUAUCCAUUAUUCUAUUAUUUUGUCGAGACUUAUUGUAGAUGGAAUGAAUUGUAUAUGUGAAAUAAAGGAUAAAAAAAACACAAUUUUAAUUAAAAUACAUUUUAUAACACAAUACAAACACUAUUACACAUAUAAAAACAUACACAAAAAAACUAAGCCAAUAAAGUUACAAAAAAUGCGAUCGUUAGCAAGGAAAGAGAGGAAAAGGAAGACCAAGAAGAUCUUACAUGGAACAGGUUAAAGAGAAGGUGAACUUCGUGUGAAAGAAUUGGCUUUUGAUAGACAAGAAUGGAGAAUGUACGCCGACAAGAGCGUGGCUCUUAAAUUAGUGAUGGUAAAACUAAACUAAGCACAAAUCUCCGCCAAUAAU